GUUUGCUUGCUUGCUAGUUUGUAAAUAACUCUUCCGUUCUUCUGCAGCAAUAUGUUUGAAGAAGGAUACAAAAGUGCUGCGGAACGGCGCCAGGACUAAAAGGCACCGUCACAGGAGUGCAAUAAAAGAAUGGCCGUUGUGCAAAUGCGUGGCUUGGGACCUGGGGAAUUGUGGUGAAUGGAGAAUGAGGAUCAGGGAGGGAGGGACACUUUUCUCCAGCAGCUUCCCCUCAAAGUGAGGGGAGGUCCAGUGUAGGAGAAGAAGAGGGACGUCCAUCAGCUACAUCUUCAAUCCAGCUGCGCCCAGCAAUCUUUUAGUAGUUUGAGCCAGCAUGAGCUCCAUGGUGUGGGGCUGGGUCACAGACUUCUUCACCUAUGAGACCACCAAGUCUGUGGUGGUCAAGAGCUGGUCUGUGGGCAUCAUCAACAGGAUCGUGCAAGUCCUCAUCAUCGCGUACUUUGUCGGCUGGGUGUUCAUCCAUGAGAAAGCCUACCAGGUGACGGACACUGGCAUCGAGUCGUCCGUUAUGACCAAAGUCAAGGGCUUUGGUGGGCAUCACAACCGCAUCAUGGAUGUGGCCGACUACGUCUUCCCACAGCAGGGAGCUGCUGUGUUCUGCAUCAUGACCAAACUCAUCAUCACCGAGAAUCAGUUCCAAGGAAAAUGUGCAGAGACGCAGAAGAUUUAUAACUGCUCCACUGACGACGACUGUCAGCAACAUCUUGGCUCCAUCCUUACAAAUGGAAGGAUCACGGGAGUUUGUCUUCCUAACAUGACCGAGUCCGGCGGUCAGUGUGAGAUAGAAGGAUGGUGCCCGGCCGAGAACGACAGCAUCGACCCAGAGCCCAUGCUGGACGUGGAGAACUUCACCAUCUUCAUCAAGAACAGCAUCCGCUUCCCUCUCUUCAACAUCAUCAGAGGAAACUUCCCAUCCAACAUGACGUCCAAUGAGAUAAAACGAUGCACAUACGACCCGGACACAAGCCCCUUCUGCCCUAUCUUUCGAGUGGGAGACGUGUUGAAGUUCACUGGACAGAAUGUAUCCAGCCUGGCGAAGGGUGGUGAAAUAGGAAUAAACAUAGAGUGGAAGUGUAAUCUGGACCUCAGUAUUGAAUAUUGUACUCCCAAGUACUCUUUCACCAGACUGGAUGCACCCUUUGCCAAGAACGCCGUCUCCAAGGGCUUCAACUUCAGGUUUGCCAAAUAUUUCAAGGAGCAGAACGAUACGGAAUUUCGGACACUGCACAAGGCUUUUGCAAUCCGCUUUGAUGUCAUGGUGACUGGCGUAGCGGGAAAGUUUGACACCAUCCCGACACUGAUCAACGUAGUCGCUGCCUUCACCUCCAUCGGACUCGGGACGGUUCUGUGUGACCUCAUCCUGCUGAACUUCCUGAAAGGGGCAGACCAGUACAAGGCCAAGAAAUUUGAAGAGGUGUCGGAGGCUCAGAUCGAAGCGUCCCUGGCUCGGAGCCCCAGCAGCCAGCUGUCCAUCAAAGAUGGUAUGAAGAGCUCCGGCGACUCUGGAGCCAUUUCUCUGGCCACUGCUGACCAGCCCGUGUGACAGCACCCUUAAAGGGACAGUCCUCCUGCUAUCCCCUCCAAGCUUUAAGCCUUUACAGGUGCUGCGCUUUUUGUUCAACGAGCUUAAGGAAUUGUUGCAGCGCAACUUCCUGGAAUAUUUACACAUCAGCCAAUCAAGAUGAAGGUGAGCUUUGUUGUCAGA